UGCCAUUUUUUAAAGAUUUCGUUACCGAAGUUGCCAUUACCCGCUGUUUUAAACUUUAUUCAACUGCCUUUCAAACUCAUUUACUUUAUUUAUAUUUUUACACACUCUCGCUGGCCAUUGCAUCUUUAUCUUUUUCUGUACGAUCCGAUUCUGAAUGCUAAAUGGACGAUCUGAUUAAGGGCUUGGUCGACGUGGUUCUCGGUGGUGGUCAUGAUGGCGAUCGUGAUCGUGGCAACCGAGAGGAAGAGGAGCAUUCCCGAAAUGUACCGUCCGGAUCCAGUUGGGCGGAGGUGGUUUCCGGAGAUCACGAUAAUGAUGAUCAAGAAAGACGCAACAAUCGAUGGAACAGACAGGCUGUUCAUGGUGGCUAUGAAGAGAAUGAAGGCCGUCGACGGCACGAUUUUAACCAGAACAACUGGAAUAGCGAGGAGAAGAAAGAGGAGGACAAUGAUGGUUGGGAAACAGUUGGCAAAGAGCCCUCAAGACGACGCCACAAGGUGCAGAAGGAUCAGUGGCUUGGAUACAAAAGACCUCCUAGUGAGCAACAGUUCUCUGAUGAAGUUGAUAUUGGUGGUAGCUUAGAACCCUCAGAUGAGGAGCUCGCUAACUUUAAACAAGCCUGUGGCAAGCUCUGGGAACUUGACUUAAAUCGUUUGAUACCUGGUAAGGACUAUGAGAUUGACUGUGGUGAAGGGAAGAAAGUCUACCAAAAAGAGGAUAUGGCAGGAGGAAGCUUAUUUAGCUGGCUCAGUGAAGAUGUAUUUAGGAAGCCUACUUUUUCUCGCUUUUGUUCACUCUUAGAUAAUUACAACCCAAAUCAAUCGUGUAAAGAAGUCUUCACUGCAGAAGAGAAGCAAGAGCAAGCUGCGUUCAUAGAAGAAAUUUGUAGAACUGCACCAAUUAAAUUUCUUCACAAGUAUCUCUCUUCCAAGAACAUUGUAUCCAGGAAUUACCCAGAUUUCAAAAGAACAAUGACAAGUCUCUGGUUUGAUCUUUAUGGCCGGGGUGGUACAUCUGGUUGCUCUUCUGCUUUUGAGCAUGUUUUUGUUGGGGAAAUCAAGCAGCAUGGGGAUCAAGAAGUUUCUGGCUUUCAUAACUGGCUUCAGUUUUAUCUCGAAGAAGCAAAAGGGAAUGUUGAUUAUCAAGGUUAUAUAUUUCCCCGACGUCAUGGACAGAUUCCCGACUCCAAUACUCAGUUGCUUACAAUUCAGUUUGAAUGGAAUGGAAUUCUUAAAUCUGUAUCAAGCACAUUUAUUGGAGUGAGUCCCGAGUUUGAAAUUGCCUUGUACACCCUAUGCUUCUUUCUAGGUGAAGAGGACAACCACUUACAGCUAGGUCCAUACCCUGUUAAUAUCAAGUGCUACAGACUUGGCGAUAGAAUUGGCUCUGUGUUUCCCAUUGCAGAGUGUUGAAUUUCAGGCCGCCUACAAGCUUGAAUCUUAAUUAUUAUAUCCAGAAGUCAUACAAAUUAUGAGACCGCAUCAAUGUCUGCUGAGGUAACCAAAAUUUUAUGAGACAAUCACUGGUUAGAAUAUAUAGAGACUUCCCAUAAUAUUUCAAUUAGGAUGUUUACUGAUUGUGCAGAUGGCUAGCAUUAUGUGCUUGCGUAAUCUGUCUCUUAGUUUGUCAAAAUAAACAGUGUUCUAUUGAUUUUCAUGGUUUUUGGGUGAUCA